AAAAUAUCCCCCCCCCCCCCACAAUCUCCGCAAUGUCUCGCGACGAUUUCCACGCCGAAUUAACUGUUGAAACUGGCUACAACAAUGCCCAUCGCGCCUUUCUGCAAGCCUUCCUCUCAAGACCAGUCAUGACCGUAGACGAAAUCAAACCCGUCCUCGCAGCGGUGCAUAGCGCACAUGAUCCUCGCCGCCCAAUGCUAGAAGGCGACGUCACGCCCGCCGACAUCUCCUCCACCAUUACAACCAUCAACACACGGCUCUCUGCGCUAGACUACGAGAUCCGAUCUACACGUUCCCAAACCGACCGCACGCUCAUUUACGCGCUCGUAAACACAACAUCGGAUGCUUUAACACAACUCGCGACAACAUUCUCGCCUGAUGAAAUCUCGUACAUAAAGCGGAUUCUAGAUGCAAUGUUCGAAACGUAUAAUACGCGGAAUAGGGAGAUUAUGGCGGUCAGCAAGAUGCAGGCGUCGAAUCUCGCAAAAGUGUCUCGCUCUCGCGGAUCAGGAGUAAGAGAAAGCCAGGUCAACGGCAACGAAAACGGUGACGGCGAUGGCGAUGGUGAUAACAAUACCCUGGAAACCGCUAAUGCGAAAAGUUUAACGAUAUCCGAGGCUGAUCGCGUCCUCUCUGAACUCCUCUCCCAGUCCUUCCUCCACUUGUCCCGCGCACAGUACUAUUCCCUUGCGCCACGCGCUUUCAUCGAACUCCGCACCUACCUCAAAGAAACAUACAACGAGCCCGCGGACCCAGACGACCCAGACGACGAACCCCUAAUCCGCGUCAAGGAUUGCGAAGGUUGUAGAGAAAUUGUGACGGUCGGGCAGAGGUGUGCGGAUAGGGCGUGUGGCUGUCGGUUGCAUGACCAUUGUACGCAGCAGUUUUUUAGGGGGCAGAAUCAAAGGGGUGGGAGGGGGAAAUGUCCGGUUUGUAAGGUAGAGUGGACGGGGGAUGUUUUUGUGGGGGAGAGGGUGGUUGUUGGGAGUACGGGUGCAAGGAGGGGGGGUGGAAAUGGUGGGAGGAGCUCAAGUUCAGCGGUGGGAGUGGGGGAGGACGGGGGCGAUGAGGAUGAAGACGAGGAGGAGUAA